AUGCUCCGGGUGUGCGUGCGGCAGGUACGGGCCAUGGGCGGGACAAUGUCUGUCUCGGGCCUUUCAUCCCUCACCGCCUUUGAACAGGCGGUUGGCCAGACGCCGCUGCUCCGGCUGCGCGGCGCGUCUGAGGCUGCCGGCUGCAACGUGUACGCCAAGGCCGAGUACGCCAAUCCAGGUGGUUCGGUCAAGGACCGCCCGGCCCUGUCGAUGAUCUUGGGUGCAGAGCGUGACGGGCAUCUGGUGCGUGGCGAGGAGGGUGUUAUCGUCGAAGGCACUGCCGGUAACACAGGCAUCGGCCUCGCCCUGGCCGGCCGGGCUCUCGGCUACAAGGUUCUCAUCUGCAUCGCGUCGAGCCAGUCACAGGAGAAGAAGGACAUGCUGCGUUGGGCUGGUGCCGAGCUCGUCGAGGUUCCGCCGGUCCCCUACGCAGAUCCGAACAACUACGUCCACGUUGCUGCACGCCUCGCCGACGCCAUCGCCAACAAGCUCCCGGUCAACUCGUUCUACGCCAACCAGUGGGACAACCUCGACAAUCGCGCCGCCCACGCGUCCACCACUGGGCCCGAAAUCAUGCGCCAGAUUGCCGACGCCGAGCGGUCGCGUGACGGCGAGCCCGGUGUUGUCACCGCCUUCUCUGCUGCUAUGGGCACCGGCGGCACGCUCACGGGCGUCGCCGAAGCCCUGCGCGCCGCCAACCCGCACGUCCACAUUGCCCUCACUGACCCACACGGCGCAGGUCUCUACCGCUACUACACAGAGGGCGAACUCAAGGCGGUCGGCUCGUCCAUCUCCGAGGGCAUCGGCCAGAACCGCAUCACAGGUAACAUGGUCGGCUUUGAGCCGGACGCCGCCCACGAGAUCUCCGACGCAGACAUGAUGCUCGCGCUUGAGAUUUUGCAGAGCUGCGACGGCCUUGCCAUGGGCACCUCGUCCGGCAUUAACGUCGCCGGCGCCAUCCAAGUCGGCCGCGAGCUCGGUCCGGAUGCCAACGUCGUCACCAUCCUCUGCGACGUCGGCGCUCGCUACGCUGGCAAGCUCUACUCGCCCAACUUUCUUCGCUCGGUCUCGCUCACUCCGCCCCCCUGGAUUGAUGAGGACGACGCAGGCCUUGGCCCGCCGUGGUCGGAUCUCCUUGCCGACGUCCUUGCCCAGUAG